AUGGCUAUUGAUCGUGGAAAGGAAAAGUCAAUAUCAUUCUCUGAGAGCACACGUAAGCGACGAAGCGCUGAGCAGAUCACGUUCAAGAAUAUCAAAGAGUCGCCUCCCGCAUCAUCUUCCACCAAACCAUCCUUCAACGACGCAUGGGCACAAUUCCAACAGCUUCUUCGAUCAAUAUUUCACAAACAAGAAUUGAAAAUGAGUUUACAACAAGCCUAUGAGGAAUGCCUUACCUUAUGCUACUGUCAAAAGGCGGAGGAGCUCUAUAGCAGAUUGAAGCAAGAAUUCAUCAUCCAUAUCAAGCAAGUGGCUGUUUUGUUGCAGGAAAAGAUGGAGGCUGAUAAUGAAAGCUAUCUCAUGGCAUUGAGGGACCAAUGGAUGAAUCUAAUGGAUGGUCUGGUCCUCAUUCGAAAUGUAUUCAUCGAACUCGAUCGGCGAUACCUGAUCCGCAAUACCAAGUUUUCAUCAUUGAUUGAAUUUGGCCAACACCUUUUCCGCGAUAUUGUGAUGGAAUCAGAGGCACUACGAAGCACAACUGUGGCGAGAAUACUGAACAUAAUACAAAGAGAACGGGAUGAUGAAAUGAUUGAUCGUGAACUUUUGCACGUCUUGACGACCAUUUUCUCAAAGUUGGAUUUAUACGAGGAGUACUUUUUCCCGGCGUUUGCAAAAGAGACAGGGGCCUAUUACGGUGAAGAAUCAACACGCUUAUUGAAGGAGAUGGAUGUACCCCAGUAUUUGAGACAUGUCAGCAGGAGGAUUGAACAAGAAUCGGUGGAUCGAAUACAAGCCUAUUUGGAAAAGACGAGUCGAAGUCCCCUUACACAAAUAGUCAUUGAUCGACUUGUACGAAGACCUUUGGGAUUUAUAUUACAACAAGGCUUCAACAAAAUGAUGGAUGAUGGAGAUAAAGAGCCACUUUGCACGUUGUAUACAUCUGUGUCUGGUACCGAGGAUGCUUCUCAAUUAAGGAUCGCCUUUUCGAAUUACAUCAAAGCACGAGGAGCUGCACUUGUUCAAGAUCCAAAACGAGAUCCCACGAUGGUUGCUUCUUUGCUAGCAUACAAAGCCAAGUUGGAUGACAUUUGCAAAGAUUGUUUCUCGAACGACGGCCAAUUCCUGAACAGCCUCAAAGAGAGUUUCGAAGCAUUCAUCAAUAGCCGACCCAAACGUCCAGCCGAGUUGCUUGCAAAAUACUUUGAUUCCAAAAUACGAUCCACAGCCAAGAGAAACAGCGAUGAGGAUUUGGAGAAAACGGUUGACAAGCUUCUACCUCUUUUCCGUUACUUGCAAGAAAAGGACAUUUUCGAAGCAUUUUACAAGCGACAUCUUUCAAGACGGUUAUUACUUGGCCGUAGUAUAUCCAAUGAUAUGGAGAAAAUGGUCUUGUUGAAGCUGAAAGCAGAAUGUGGGCCAAAUUUCACCAAAAACUUGGAGGCCAUGUUCACAGACAUUGAAGUCUCUGCAGACUUGCAUGUACAAUUCAAGAACGCCGAUGGGUAUCCAGCUGAAGGUGGUAUAGCGUUCCAUGUCAAUGUGCUUGCCCAAGGAGUAUGGCCUUCAUAUGCAUCAUCUGAGGUGAUAUUGCCUGCCAAUAUGAUGGCGUAUCAAGAAGCAUUCGAGAAAUUUUACGUUGCUAGCUUUAAAGGACGAAGGCUCAUAUGGCAAAAUUCCCUUUCAUCAUGCGUGCUCAAAGGUUUCUUUUCAUCUGGAACCAAGGAACUUCAUGUCAACCUCUUGCAAGCAGCGGUGUUGCUUCUUUUCAACGACAAGCAUGUACUCUCUUAUGGUGAGAUAGCAGCUUCAACCACAAUAGAGGAGAAGGAUUUGAAACGCAUCUUGGCAUCAUUAACAUCGGGUCAACAUCAAGUGCUGCUCAAACAAGGAGAUGGCAAUGGCGAUGAGAUAUCACUUUCUGAUGCAUUUGUAUAUAAUGACAACUUCAGCUCGCCCAAUGUACGCAUCAGGAUUGGAGCUCUCCAGCAAGAACAAAUUGGUGAAGAACGUAAAGUCACUGAAGCCAAAGUCUUGGUGGAUCGACAACAUCAGCUCGAAGCGGCCAUUGUGCGUAUCAUGAAAUCAAAAAAGAGUCUGUCUCAUGGUGAUCUUAUGAAGGAACUUUUUCAUCAAGUCAAAUUCCCAUUGGAUGCAACCGAUAUCAAAAAGCGGAUAGAAUCGUUGAUGGAUAGGGACUACCUGGAUCGUAGUGAAGAAGAUAGCAAUACCUACAUCUACAAAUAA